CUUCACUUAAAUAUCUUUUUCUUAUUCUUCUCAUUAUGGACAAACCAAACCCGUUUCCAAACGAGUUAUUUACAGAGAAUGUCGAAAAAUCACCAUCAUCUACUACAACCUAUGACGAAGCAAAUGAUUUGACUUUGAUCGCAAACAAUAAUAUCCACCACGAAUUAGAAAAAAUUGGAACAACAAAAACUGAAAAAUAUGAUCCUGAACAUGGAGGUUUAGAAAAUGUGGAAAUCAUUAAAACAAAUGUCACCAUGGCAAGUAUGAUUGAGUUACCUGAUGAGCACAAUGCAUUCUAUAAAGGUAUUCCAAACGGUGGUUAUGGAUGGGUUGUUGCUAUUGUUGGAUUCUUGAUUAACUUUAUUAUGUUUGGAACUGCGUCAAUUUGGGGCGUGUUCUCCAAUGCUUUCGCAACGACAAUCCUUAAAGACAAGUCUACCACCAUCGAACUUAUGGGUGUUGGUGCAACUCUUAUUGUAUGCUUAAAUAUUUUCACCCCUGUCGGCCCUAUGUUAGGAUUUCUGGGCGCACGAGGAACGAUGAUGCUAGGCAGUACCCUCAUGUCACUCGGUAUUAUCUUGGCUGGAUUCAGUACUGAAGUAUGGCAUCUUUACUUGUCUCAGGGUGUUCUUUUUGGCUUCGGAUCUUCUUUGGUGUAUAUGUCAAUCGUAGCUGUAAUUCCUCAAUGGUUUACCACCCGCCGUGGUACAGCCAUGGGUAUUAGCUCGGCUGGCUCUGGAUUUGGUGGUCUGGCUUUGAGUCCAAUGGUCAGCUCUUUAGUCGAAAAAUACGGCCUUGCCUGGACUUACCGAAUUGUCGGUCUUAUGGCAUUUGGCAUUUGUAUGAUUGCAUCUUGUUUGAUUCGUACUCGUCUUCCCCCUGGACACGUCAACCAACGCGCUCGUUCUCCUUUCAAGCUUUCUUUGUUAAAAGAUGCCAACUUUGUCAUCAUGUUAUUUGGUGUUGUUAUUGCUUUAACCGGUUAUUUAAUCCCUUUGUUUUACAUGCCUAAAUAUUGUGCAGCCCAUGGCAUCAGUGCUAUUCAAUCUUCCAAUAUCGUAGGUGUUGCUUGCGCUAUGAAUGCUAUUGGACGUCUCAUUUUAGGUUAUUAUGCUGAUCGUAUUGGUCGCUUAAACAUGUUUAUGAUCGCAUCCACUUUGGCAGGGCUCUUCUGUAUGUUGCUCUGGCCGUUUGCUAAAACUUAUGAAACAAUGAUGGCCUUUGCAGUCUUGUUUGGUUUUACUUGUGGUAUCUAUUAUGCACUUGCACCACCUAUCACAGCUGCUGUUGUUGGACCUGAUAACAUUUCUGGAGGUCUUUCCAUUUUGUUUAUUGCUAGUGCUAUUUCAGGUACAGGUCCACCAAUUGCUUCCGCUAUUCAACAAGCCACGCCAGGUGGAGGAUAUAUUGGUGUCCAAAUGUUUUCUGGUGCUGUCUAUCUUUUCGGGUCCCUCAUAUGUAUCUGUUUGAAAUGGAAAAUGACAGGCUCACUCAUUUCAAACAUGUAAAGAAAAAAAAAACCUCAACUCAACUUUUCAUAUAUUCAUUUUUAAAAACAUAUUCAUAUUGCACAAUCUUCUAAUACUACAUAUAUCUUAUCCCUAAUUACUUCUUUCAUCACAACCUUGAAUAUUUUAGAAUUUUAUUUCUGUACAGACUAUACCAUUUUUGAUGAAAACAAAUAAACCCGAAAAAUUAAAAACAAAAACGCCAAUUUAUGGUUGCACCACAUUUUAAAGUUUUGUAUUCACAUAAAAUAGUUCUUGUGUUUCUAAAACCUUUUUUUUU